GCAUACCAGUGUAAAAGUUAUCUUCAAAAACCUUCAUCUUUGCUAUUGGAACGGUUUUUUAGAUACUUUUAAUUUAAUGAAGCCGAAUCUGUUUUAGGGCAUGACUUGUCAUGGUGUUCCGGAGUACGUCAUAGUUAACGGCAGAGUAUGCGUCGACGAAGGCCAACUCAGAGUGGCCGAGGGCCAUGGAAGGUUUAUCGAAACCCCAGUGUUUCCACCCUACGUGUACGAUCCAGAAAAAUACAGCACACUACUCACUGAACAUAAAAAUGGAACAGUGGAACAGAAUACGCAAAACUUCCAAAAGAUCCACUUGGAGCAGUAUUCAUGUGAAACCCCAACAUUUCCUGAAUCAGUAGUUAACACUCCCUCUUGUAGGGGCGCAAGACCAGAGGGCCAAAGAAAUAUCCAAGAAUCAACAUUUUCAGUUAGUGAAGAACUAGAUGUUGAUAAGAAGACAUCUACCCGAGUGAGACAUCCUCCAGGUGGUAAAUCGUCUGGCUUUUGGUAAAACCAAACUCACAAACCGAUUUUUUACGACCAGUGACGGUAAAAUGCUUUUGAAUGACGCUUUUUAAAUUUUUAAUUGUAUCGGAUGCCGUGAAAUGACUACAAAUGAUAAUCUGUUGCAGUCUGUGUAUCUAACUUCUCAAUCACCGUAUUCAUGAAAUUAACUUUUUUAUGAUAGAUUCAUUACAGUUGGGGUUAUAACCGUAAUGACAUGUAAAUCAUAAUGAUGUUAGUGUUGCUUCUAUUUGUUCGGCCCAAAAAUGUAAUUUUAAGAUGUCCAUGGAAAAUCAUCUCUUUUCAACUCGAUUAAAAUGGAUAUUUUAGGAAUAAAACUGCAAAAUCUAUAUUCAUUUGCAUACUGUAUGAGAUAUUGAAAAUAUCAUUUAUGGUUUCUUUAUAUCUUGCGCAAAAGUAUUUGAUCGCCUUGUAGCUUGCAAGCUGGCAGGUAUCUAUGAUUCAGUAUCUAAGAAUUGUGUUGGUCAAAUCGAGACUAAACUAAAAGUAAAACCAACUUGAAUUUUAUUAUUUAUUAAAUGCUGACAAAAAUAAUGUUUUAACUGGUUAGAUACAAAAUAUUAUCAAUGGAAAAGACAGGAUACAUUCUUUAGAUGUCAAAUAGACAAUUGUUUGUGGUGUUUCCAAAUUUGUUUAUAUCGCAUAACUGGUAAAUGGAUUGUUUCAUCCAGUACCGGAUAUAAAUUACUCACAGACAAGAAUAAAUUGUUACUGUAAUAUAGCAUUGCAAAAUGCUUAAAAACGUCUCUUCUAAUUACUUUUUUUCAAGGAAUGCGAAAAUGUAUUAACUGACGGUCUUUGAAUGUUAAAUAUCUGUACGUUUGUUUGAAAUAUUGGCACAAGUUUUGUUUAUGAGUGUAUAUUUAGCUAACUGCUAUAUCGUUGUUCAUAAAAGUAUCAUUACAUUGUUACCAUAUGAAUUAAGUUUAAAGAAUGUAACAAAGUAUAUUUUUUUCUCAUCCAAGUUCCAGCACAUUCAAUGUUUCAUCUAGGUUUCACCACAUUGGACAUGUUUUUGUUACAUUGGAGUUAUAAUUAUGGCUGCCACUUAUUCGGUAUUUAUAGAAAAACAAUGAAAUUCCUAUUUUAUGACUCCGCUUUAUGUCGCGUUUCAAACGUUUUCUAGAGCGGCAAAGUAGUCUGCUCUUUACACAAACAAAUUGCUGUACAAGUGCUGGAACUUCAUACAUACUACAUGCCUAUAUUCAGACUUGACUAUUGCAAUACUUUUUGUCACUGUACCUGUUAAUUUUUAUUUAUUUGUAGAAUAGUUUUAUUUACACUUGGUCUGCUUAUACUACUUUUGAAAGGCCAGUUUGUUAUUUAUUGUUAAGUUGCAAAUAAUGACUACUGUCGGAACAAGACAUAUGCAGCUCUAAAACGGAAAUAAGCAAUUAUGCAUACAAACGUUUAGACUGAAUCAUUAUACUUUUCGGUUUUUAAUGUAAUAUGAGGAAGGCACGCAGGUAUUUCAUUGAAUAUUAGUGUUUGUAUUGUAUUCUUUUGAAACUUAAUAAAAAAUAUCUGAAAAUAGGCUUUCGAUGUUUCAUUUAUAAUAUAAUAAUAAUAGAAAGAAUACCGAAAACGAGUCUAGUGGCAACGUAUGUUGUUCGAGACUCGGCAGUCAGACUUAACUGAUUUCAUUGUU